GCUGGACAACGGGCCAGCAGAGUGCUGGAAGUUGGUCGCUGGAGAACGGCUCUGUUACCCGCGACGAGCUCAUCAUGUAUGACACUGGAUCAGAUGAGCGCGUGCGCGGUGAGAACUUUGGCGGAGGAGGCUUUGAGGUCAGGCAACGCCUUGCGCAGAGGUGCCUCCAGGAGAUCGCCGCAAAGAACAUCUGCCAUGCCAGGAGGCAAGCUCUUCAGAGCGCGAUUUGUCGCCAAGAUCAACCCAAAGGCAAGACGACCGUCCCUCUCUACCUCUACGGCAACAGCAUCUACGCGAAGGUCAGAAAAAGUAAGAGCAUCCUUAUGGUCCUCUCUGUGUGGAGCAGAAAGAGGACCUUGAGCAAGCUUCGCGCGAUAGGCUUAAGACAGUCAGCUCCCUGAAAGCAGAUGGCAAAGACAGGAGUCAGCCAUGACAAUGGCAAUGAGCCUGCCGCCUGCCAGCGAAGAAGGUUCUGCGCCGUGAAGACGUCACAGCUGCGACGUGCAUUUAGCAAUCAGAACGGAUGGAGGGCCAGUUGUGAUCCACAGCUACGCAGGCUGCCGGAAACUCAAAGGAGCGAAAGGCGCAAAGCGAUGGAAGGGCGGAGACACGAUGCCGUUUUCACACGGCGAAACUGAUGGGCGCAGCUGAGGGCUUGAGCUGAGGGCGGGCGACAGGCGGAGAAAAGAGCUUAAAUAAUGGCGCGAAAAGCCUUACUGUAAAGAUGUGUGACCACGGAGCCCUUUCAACUUGAGGGUGGUUGGCAUCUCCUCACAAGGCUUUCUGUGAAGGCUUUUGCUCGAGCUUUCUUCGAUUGAAUUUCGACUGAGCAUUUCGGGUAUAUCUGGUACUACCAUGGUUUUAGAUGGAAUUGUUUAGACAUUGCGGAAGGUUAUACUGAAGACUGGACUGCACAUAUUGUACCAUGUUACCAUGUUGGAUUGCGCCACAGGCUCAUGGGUCAAAAGGUUUUUGGUUUCCACGCGAUAAUCAUGACGCCUUUAUGAUGGCAAUGGUUAAUUUAGGAAGAGCUCCUUCAUAGAGCUUUCUGCUUUGGUGAUCGAGCAUGCUCCACUGAUGGAAUCGCUCCGCCUCAGAGGUCAGGAAGCGAUGGGUUUUCAUUUGCGGCCCCAUAAUGUGUUUUCUUGCAAUGACCCACCAGCAGAUCUCCUGCCAAGCUCUUUGCGGAACGCAAAUUUCGAUGGCGCCUGCCAGGCUCGUGGAGGACACCAGGCUGGUCAUGAGGGCCAAAGCAGUUGGAGGACCUAAGAGAAAGGAUUCCAAAAAGCAAGCUCAAGUUCAAAAAGAGCGAAAGAAGAGGGACGACGUGAUAGAGCUUGAAGGGACCGUCGUUGUCCACUCUCGCAACGUUUUCAAGGUGUUGCUAAGCAAUGGUGCCGAGGUGCAAUGCACUCUUGCUGGAAAGCUUCGAAUGAACAACAUCAAGGUUAUGGAGGGAGACGCAGUCACUGUAGAAAUGUCGCCUUUCGACCUGACGAAAGGACGGAUCGUAUUUCGAACAAUCAAAAUGCCUGGGGAGGAUUGAAAUGCGUGAGCAGCGGCAGUGAGCAGCGGCAGUGAGAUCUGGCUUCAGGAGAAAGGUUCGCGCUGCCAGCGCUGCAAGCAGUGCUUUGUUGGUUAAAA